AUGUCAUCCUGCAGCAAUAACAAGGUCCACUUUGAUGAGGGAGUGAGUCUUAUAAAGAAUGCCAUUGACGGCUAUACGGAGGUAUUUGGGGCCGAUAAUGAGGCAACAUUGCAAGCAAAGCAAAUUUUGGGUCAGAUCUAUCCGACAUUCGGUCACUUUCACGAAGCAAGUCUGCUCUUGGAGACGGGUUUGGACACUCGUGUCGCAAAGCUCGGGGAAGAGCACCUCGAAACGACAAUUUCAAUGGAGACAUUUGCGACCUUGCUCAUGAAUCAGUCUGAGCCAGAACAAGCCAAAGAGCUGUAUUUAAGAGCACUGGAAAUUCGCGAGAAAACUCUUCCAGACAAUGACCCGUUUAUUGUUGAAUCGGAAACGGAUCUGAUGAAAGUAUAUUUGACGCAAUUUCGGUUCGAAAAGGCAGAAAUACUUGGUCUUGAUGCCCUAGAAAAGUGUACAAGGGCUUUCGGUCACAACAACUCUUUCACUUUUUUUGUCAUGAAGCUGCUUGUGGAAACAUACGAGAAGCAAUGCGAAUGGGCAAAAGCGAAAGAUCUCAGUAAACAGUAUCUCAAUCUUGCACGUGGUCUCUUUGGAAUAGAGCAUGACAAAACAAUUGACGGCACUAAAUCAUUGGUGUUCAUAUGCAUGCAUCUGGAGCAUUUGCAAGAAGCUGAAGAAGUCCAGGGUGAGUUUCUACUGGCAUUGACGCGUCGUCUUGGAGAAGAUCACCCUGAAGUGCUGGACAUGAGGACUCGCCUCGCAGAGAUCUAUGAUUUGCAAGGUCGCAAGACGGAUGUAGAAGAAAUUGCGUCCCAACUUCUUGAUAUACAUAACGGGACCUCCGCCUCCGAAGAGGGCGGCCCUAUUCAACUGGAUGAUGGAAGCCUGUGGCGUCUGGCACAAAUCUAUACAAGACAAGAGCACUGGGAAAAAGCCAUGAAAUUUCUGACUAUGGCAUUUGAGACGGCCAAAAAGAAAAUAUGGGCCAGAUCACAGGUGGACAGAGGGCUAUACCCAGGCGCUGGCGGUGGUUUCCGAGAUGCAAGACGCAGAGCAUGUGGCUUGAGUUAUUGGAAUAUGCGAUGA